AUGACCGCUGCCGGUAGUCAGAAGGCCCUUACGGAAGAACUGAUCGCUGCUGUCGCGAAAACAGACAAGAACACUCCUCGUUUCCGAGCUGUGAAACGUCGCGUCGAUGAUUCUUUAAAGUCAUCUCAGCAUGCGCGCACCGACCAGUUUGCUGUUGCGAAGCAGCUCGAAGGAUUGCAAGAAAAGUUCCGGGUUCUCAACAGAGACGACCUGGCAGACGCUCUCCAGCAAAGACUAGCUGAAUUGGAUGAGCAUCGCAGCUCUGUGUUUCCGGAGAUCCUAUCCUUGUUUCUACAGCUCGCCGAUCGACCGGCACAGCUCUCGAGAGUGGAAAGGAUCGAAAAGCUCCAGCCUGAAGAAGAGGAGAAGCAGCUGUCUUGGACGGAUUUGGAUGCCUCGGAGACUGCCUACUGCGACGAGGAUAUUUGGGAAAACGUCGACUAUGGCGCCAGUUCGUCUGACGAAGAUGAUAUUUCAUCGAUAUCUAGUGGCACUCAGCCUGCUCGAAGCUUUACACAACCGACUAUAGAAGACGACUACGUGAUUCCAGACGACAUAUUCUCCUCUGGCGAGGACGGUGAUCUGGUGACCUCGGUUACAAGUGCCCAAUUUUGGAGGGAUGAAAACACAACAGACCCUCCCACGGCUGGGAAGGAAUCUUCCCGACAAAUAACAGAACUGCAAAUGGUCAGAGAGGUGAUAUUCAUGCUGCAAGGGUUACCUAUGUCUCUUUUAUGGCGUCUUGAUGGUAGCAUCGAGGUAGACCGCAGAUACACCCUUGCUCACUUAUCUCAAGAAGUGCUCUCAUCCAUUUUGCGCUCGAUGGGUGACUGUGGAGCUAAGCUUGACAUUCUAAGGCAAUUUGCGAAAAGGCCACAGUCUGCUGCCUGUAUGCAAACGUUUCACCGCAGUGUCGAGGAUCGCUUGCACAAAUUCGACAAGUUUUUGUCCGAUGUGCAGGCCCGAUAUUUGUCUCCGAGCAGGUCUGUGGCCAUCAGCCUCCUCCAAUUGUCCGAUGAUGUCCAGCAAGAAUCCAAACUUCUUGUGCUCUUAGCUGACCUAGUUUCCAACUUUGAUCAAACUGCAAAGAAUGACAUCCAAUUCCUGGAUCUAUUGUUUGACUUAGUUUGCAUCACGCAAGCUGCUGGCGAUGACGAGAACUUCGCUGUGCUGGCUCACAUUUUCUUCUUGUGCUUUGAAACGUAUGCUCGACCUCUUCGCCGCUGGAUGGAGACAGGGCAGUUAGAAGCUUUGUCGUUCAUUGCAGAGAAUCCCGAAAAAAGCGACCUGCGGACCUUAUGGCACGAUUGGUAUACCUUGGAUAUCCAACCAGACGUGGCAAAUGUGCCCAAAUUCAUCCGUCCGUUUGCUCACAAGAUCUUCAUUACUGGCAAGAGUAUGGUCUUUCUUAAGCGUCUAAAUAUGGCCGAGAGUUUGGACGCACCAGGGAAAGCUUCUUUGACAUUUGAAGAUGUCUACCCUUCCAACUCAUCAUCGCUCUGCCUUCCAUUUUAUGCACUACUUGAAUCUGCCUUCAGUAACGUUGUCAACGAGCACCACAUAUUUACAUCAUCUCUGCUGCGAACGCAGCUCAAUGAGCAAUGCGGGCUCUGGCUGUCACUUCAGGCACUGGACCAUAUCCAUCUCUGCAAGGAUAUGAGUCUGCUCGGGCCCAUCGACACCAAAAUAUUUGAACUGAUCGAUCGAGGAAAGGGCGGGUGGAGCGAUCGGUUUUUACUCACAGAACUCGCCCAAACUGCAUUCAGCGCGCUGCAUUUUAUCGAUCCAACUCGACUGAUUGUCCGAUCCACCAGAAAUACAGACAGCCGCGGCCGCUCCGUAAAGAUCCUUUCGAGUUUAUCCUUCGACUACGUCCUACCCUGGCCUGUUGCUAACAUUAUCACAAAAGACGGCAUGGCCGCCUAUCAACGCAUAUCAACCUUCCUCAUGCAGAUCCGUAGGGCGAAAUAUACCGUCAUAAAACAGCGCCUCCAGUACUCCGAUCAAGAUUCACAUUCCAAGGGCAGAACUCUCAGCUACGCCAUCCGGCAUAACCUGCUCUGGUUCCUUAACGUCCUCUACAGCCACUUAACAAGCUUUGUCAUCUCAUCUACCACCGAAUCGCUACGGAACUACCUUUCAACUGCCAGCGAUGUCGACGCUAUGAUAGAAGCCCAUCGCUCAUACAUGGCGUCCUUAGAGGAACAAUGCUUGCUCUCGAGGAACCUUCACCCCCUCCACCAGGCAACUCUCACCAUCCUUGACCUUUGCAUUUCUUUCGGAGAUCUCCACACCACGCGGUUCCAAAAUCAUACCUCUCUUGAUCCAACACGAACGCCACGGAAACAAGUACCCGGCAAACCAUUCAAAACCGUAUUGACGCCCACGCCCCGUAAAACCCGCUACGAGUAUUCCUAUGGCGACGAAGACGACUCAGACUCAGAUGAAGGACUCGACGAAACGGACUCUCAGUCUGAAGACGAAGACGACGACCUUUCACCCCAUCGCCGUGGCUCAAUCCAUGAGGCUCAAUAUGUGCAGCGGCUGAAAGAUAUCCAAAUCCAGUUUAAUCACCUUGUUGCAUUUAUGGCAGCGGGAUUAAAAGGUGUCGGUCGUGUUGAUGGGCAGGUUAGCUGGGAGAUGUUGGCGGAGAAAUUGGAGUGGAGGAAGGAGAGGACGGCGGGGUGGCCUUGA